CCACACCUUGCAAUUCUGUGGUGUUCCUGAGUCCACAGCCAUAUCCUCCCACUCGUUUUCUGGUGUGUGUAAGGCUAGAGCAGGCAAGCGAGCGAGCGAGCGAUAGAAUCGAGAGAAGAUGAAGAUGGCUUGCCCUGCCCAAUCCAUGCUCUCUGCAAGCAGCUGCAUGCUCCUCAGGAGCAGCAAGCCCCAGCAGGCCACGAUUCCGCGAGGAGGCAUCAACGGCGGCAACAGGUUCUUGACACUGUCCUGCAAUGCUUCUUCGUCUCCUGACGACUCCGAGUGCAACGACGUGGAGUGCGCCCCGGAGAAGGAGGUCGGGAGCCUGAGCGUGGAGUGGCUGGCGGAGGAGAGGACCAAGGUCGUGGGGACCUUCCCUCCCAAGAAGAAAGGAUGGACCGGCCUCGUCGAGAAGGACACCGCCGGCCAGACCAACAUCUACUCCAUCGAGCCGGCGGUGUACGUGGCGGAGAGCGCCAUCAGCUCCGGCACGGCGGGGACGUCGUCCGAUGGGUCUGAGAACACCGCGGCGCUCACGGGCGGGCUGGCCCUCAUCUUCAUCGCCGGGGCGGCCUCCAUCCUCAUCCAGGUGAGCAAGAACCAGCCGCCGGUGCAGACCACGGAAUACUCCGGCCCGCCUCUCAGCUACUACGUCGCCAAGUUCCAGCCGGCCGCCGCGGCAUUCCCGGUCCAGUCGAGCCCCCCUGUCGUGGAAGCGGCCGCGCCCGAGGAGACGCCUUCUGAUUCACCCACCUUAGAGGCGGAAACUUCGGCAACCGCGGAGCAGCCGUCGUCGUGAGCUGACUAUACUCGGUGAGCGUGAGACGGAAAUAAUCAAAGCAUAAAUUUGAUGUGGAAGACAGGCACGAGCUUGUGUGUUAGCAAUUCGAUACAACGCUAAAGUUUGAAGAGUUUGACAGGCCGUUCUUCACUCAUGUGUUUAAGUCUACUCUUUAUUUUGUAUACGCGGUCUAUGCCGGGUGGUUGGCUUUGGUGUGCGUAAUUGCCAGUUACUUAUCUUGCAUACCAGUUGCAAUCAUGUUACAACAUCUCCAGAUGUCAAAAUAAAAUAAAAUGUUACAACAUCUCCA